GGCCAAUAUAGUAAAAUUACGUUCCGGACUCCCUUGUACGUUGGCGGUGCCCCCAGCGUGUACUGGCUGGUCAGAGCUGCAGGCACCAAUCGUGGGUUUCAGGGCUGCGUUCAGUCUCUCAGCAUCAACGGAAAAAUAAUUGAUAUGAGACCCUGGCCAUUAGGCAAAUCUCUCAGUGGUGCUGAUGUCGGUGAGUGUAGCAGUGGCAUCUGUGAUGAGGCUGCCUGCAUCAACAGUGGCACCUGUACUGCGAACAAAGCGGAUUCAUACAUUUGCCUUUGCCCUCUUGGAUUUAAAGGUCAUCAUUGUGAAGAAGCACUCACCUUGGCCAUACCUCAGUUCAACGAGUCCUUAAGGUCAUUUGCUAGCACACCCUGGCCCUUGGAACCACAGCAUUAUCUUUCCUUCAUGGAGUUUGAGAUGACAUUUCGACCAGAUUUAGAGACUGGUGUCCUUUUGUACAGCUACGACACAGACAGCAAGGACUUCCUAUCCAUUAACAUGGUGGCUGGUUACGUGGAGUUCAGGUUCGACUGUGGCUCAGGAACGGCUGUUAUCAGGAGUGAUGAACCUGUCAGUCUGGGGCAGUGGCAUGAGUUGCGAGUCUCUCGCACAGCAAAGAAUGGUAUCCUACAAGUGGACAAGCAAAAUCCAGUGGAAGGGAUGGCAGAGGGGGCUUUCACACAGAUUAAGUGCAGCUCUGAAAUAUUUAUUGGCGGAGUCCCUAGUUAUGAUGCUGUGAAGAAGAACUCUGGGAUCCUGAGGCCCUUCAGCGGGAGCAUCCAGAAGAUUAUCUUGAAUGACCGGACAAUCGAUGUGAAACAUGAUUUCGCUUUUGGAGUCAACCUAGCUAAUGCUGCCCAUCCCUGUGUGAGCUCACCAUGUGCAAAUGGAGGCACCUGUGUUCCCAAGAAGGACAGCUACGAAUGUGACUGUCCCCUGGGCUUUGAUGGGCAACAUUGCCAAAAAGCCAUUACAGAAGCUAUUGAAAUCCCACAAUUUAUUGGUCGCAGUUACCUCACAUAUGAUAAUCCAGAUAUCCUGAAAAGGUAG